AUGCCGCCGCCAUCAGAUACCAAACACCUCCCGUCGACACAUCCAGCGCGAAAAGAGCGACCCAAGUCACCCAAUCGAGUGCUCGCAGAGGCGGAGGCGCAAUGGAUCUUCUCCGAGGCAGAGCUGGCCAACACGCCUUCAAUCCAGGAUGGCAUGAGCCAGGCCGAUGAGAAAGACACUCGUGCAAAGGGCGUCAACUUCAUCAUUCAAGUUGGCGUCAUGCUCAAGCUACCGCAACUCACCCUCUCCACGGCUGCGAUAUUCUUCCAACGAUUCCUUAUGCGCGCGAGUCUCAAGAAGGAGCGCAAUGGCAUACCCAGACUACAUCACUUCCAGUCGGCUGCGACUGCACUAUUCGUUGCUGCCAAAGUGGAGGAGAGCAGCCGCAAGAUGAAGGAACUUAUAUUGGCGUUUUGCCGCGUGGCACAGAAGAAUCCGAACCUCAUCAUCGACGAGCAGAACAAGGAUUGGUGGAAGUGGAAAGACUGUGUACUGUACAACGAGGAUGUGCUGAUGGAGACAAUAUGCUUCGAUUUUACCGUGGAGAGUCCGCAUAGACAGCUAUUCGAGAUGCUGAAGUACUACGGCAUCGAGCACAACAAGCGGUUACGGAACGCAGCGUGGAGCUUCGUGACGGACAGCAGCAAUACACAGCUAUGCCUACUGUGCAGCAGUCGCACGAUCGCCAUCGCCGCACUAUAUGCAGCGUGCAGGUACAGCGAUGUUUCAUUACCGGACGAUUCGAAAGGAAGAUCAUGGUGGGAAGCACAGCACGUGAGAUUAAAAGACCUCCGAAAGGCGAUCGAAUUCAUGUGCACAAACUACGAUCCGACAUCUAAUAAGAUCAACGGCGUUUCCGUGGGCGGCAACGCAGAGGGCGAUGGGAGCAUAUAUGUAGGUCUCCUGACACCUGGCGAUGGUGAAGCCGAUCUUGGGGAACGCACCAGGCUGAAAGAAGAUCAGGUGCAGGACAACACAUCGCCUGCUGCUUCUCAGCCUCCUCCUGGUAGCGAAAGGCGGCUUAGCAAUGCCAGUGCUGCUGGUGUGAAGCGUGAGCGAGAGCCGGAGCCAGAUGGUCCACCGACUUCGUCUUCAUUACAGGCCAAUGGCAACCAUGCAAAUGGCGUCAAAUCUGAAGAGCCCGAGAGCAAGCGUCCACGGCUGGAGAAUGGAGUCGCGAAGGCCGGAGGUGAAGCGAAAGCUGUGAAAGACGAAGCACCAGGGUCUCGCGACGUCAAGCACGAGGAAGAAGCCAAGCGCGUGGAGACCGGCAACAAGCAGGAAGUCGCAGCCGUCAAAGCCGAGGAUCCAACUGUUCAAGACGAGAAGCCUAAGAGCAGCGACAGAGAAGAAGGCGAGCUGGAAGCUCUCAGCGCGGGGAAGAUGGCUUUGGAGUGGGGCUCGGACAGUUCCGAUUAUGAGGAAAUGCAUGUAGUGACAAAGCUUGAAUCACCCAAGCCAACAGAGGAGCUGCCGCGAUUUGGGAACGGGAAGCUGCUUGAGUGGAUCGCUGCUCGGGACCGCGAAUCGAAGGCAAAGAGGGAGGCCACCGAGAAAGGCGGCAAAGGCAAGCGGAGUAAGCUUUCCCAUUCUCAGCGUCGCGCCAUCCACCGACGCCGGCUCCGAAUGUCCUCUCCAAACACGUUGCCGCUUCCCACUGCGAUGAGACGCCCCAACUGA